ACACUAUAUUAUUUUAUAGGAAUAUGCUUUCUUGCCAAGCUUUAGAAAUGAUGGAGCAUGGUUAACAUUGUCAGACAUGAAAGUUUGCUAGAAUUUCUUGCCCCUCAAAGUAAGCUGUACAAUCACAACACUUAUGUAUCUUUGUGAGAAUUAAGAAGAGGUUGAUCUUCAACCAUGCCUUCCCUUCAACUGUUGCAACUAACUGAGCAUGGCCGUGGUUUCCUGGCUUCAAGGAGAAAAACUUUAUUGCUUGCAACUGGUAUUUUAGUUGCUGGUGGAACGGCCGUGUAUGUACAAUCAAGGUGUAGAUUUAAUAAACACAAUUUUCUUGACCGUUGCAAUGGGCAGAAUAACGAUAAAGAAAUUACCAAGGAGGAGAUUGUGAAGGGCACUACUGAACCGAAAAGUAAACAAAAGAAAGGGGGAUUGAAGUCCCUUCAAGUCCUUGCUGCAAUCCUCUUAUCAGAGAUGGGCCAACUAGGUGCAAGGGACCUUUUAGCUUUAGUUGGCAUUGUGGUGCUUCGAACUGCUUUGAGCAACAGGCUAGCAAAAGUGCAAGGCUUUCUAUUUCGUGCUGCUUUUCUUCGACGUGUACCAUCAUUUUUCCGGUUAAUUUCGGAAAAUAUUCUUUUGUGUUUCCUUCUAUCAACCAUGCAUUCCACAUCAAAGUACAUAACAGGAACCCUGAGUCUGCGCUUUAGAAAAAUUUUGACAAAGCUUAUCCAUUCUCACUAUUUUGAGAACAUGGUGUAUUACAAAAUGUCACAUGUUGACGGCCGGAUAAUUAAUCCGGAGCAAAGGAUUGCUAGUGAUGUGCCAAAGUUCUGUUCUGAGUUGAGUGAAAUUGUACAGGAUGAUCUGAUAGCCGUAACUGAUGGACUGUUAUACACUUGGCGGCUGUGUUCAUAUGCAAGCCCAAAAUAUGUCUUCUGGAUAUUGGCCUAUGUACUUGGUGCUGGGGCCACAAUCAGAAACUUCUCUCCUUCUUUUGGGAAGCUUAUGUCCAGAGAGCAACAAUUGGAAGGAGAGUAUCGACAGCUUCAUGCACGAUUAAGGACUAAUUCUGAAAGUAUAGCAUUUUAUGGUGGUGAGAGGAGAGAAGAAGCUCAUAUUCAGCAGAAGUUUAGGAGCUUAGUUAGGCACUUGAACACUGUGCUCCAUGACCAUUGGUGGUUUGGCAUGAUUCAGGACUUCUUAUUAAAGUACCUUGGUGCUACUGUUGCUGUUAUUCUGAUCAUUGAGCCUUUCUUCUCUGGUCAUCUAAGGCCUGACAGUUCAACUUUAGGGCGUGCAGAGAUGUUAAGCAAUCUUAGAUAUCAUACUAGUGUCAUCAUUUCAUUAUUUCAGUCCCUGGGAACACUUUCUAUCAGUGCAAGGCGUCUUAAUCGUCUCAGUGGUUACGCUGAUCGCAUUCAUGAGCUAAUGGCCAUAUCAAGCGAGCUAAGUUUGGUGAAUGAGAAAUCUUCACUUCAAAGAGUAGGAAGUAGAAAUUGCAUUAGUGAAGCUAACUACAUUGAAUUUUCUGGCGUCAAGGUCGUGACCCCAACUGGUAAUGUCUUGGUGGAUAAUCUGACUCUGAGGGUUGAGUCGGGAUCUAAUCUUUUGAUUACAGGUCCAAAUGGCAGUGGAAAGAGCUCGCUUUUCCGGGUUCUAGGUGGUCUCUGGCCAUUGGUAUCUGGCCAUAUUGUGAAACCUGGCAUUGGCUCUGAUCUUAAUAAGGAAAUUUUCUAUGUGCCACAAAGACCAUACACAGCUGUUGGAACACUACGUGACCAGUUAAUAUAUCCUCUCACUGCAGAUCAAGAGGUUGAACCUCUCACAGAUGGUGGGAUGGUGGAGCUAUUGAAAAAUGUUGAUCUUGAGUAUUUAUUGGACCGUUAUCCACCUGAAAAGGAGGUUAACUGGGGUGAUGAACUGUCUUUGGGAGAGCAGCAAAGACUGGGCAUGGCUAGACUUUUUUAUCAUAAGCCUAAGUUUGCAAUUCUUGAUGAAUGCACUAGUGCUGUCACAACUGAUAUGGAAGAACGAUUUUGUGCUAAAGUACGGGCCAUGGGAACAUCUUGCAUCACGAUAUCGCAUCGUCCCGCUUUAGUUGCAUUCCAUGAUGUUGUUCUGUCCUUAGAUGGUGAGGGAGGCUGGACAGUUCAUUAUAAAAGGGAAGACUCUUCUACUGAAAUGGAGAUUGAUACAAUGAAGGAGUUGGAGACAGAACGGCAGAGUGAUGCAAAGGCUGUUCAACGAGCGUUUGCCAUGAAUAAAAAGGAUUUUGUGUUCGCGAAUUCGAAGGAACAGUCUUACAUCACAAAGGUGAUAUCAUCAUCUCCGUCCAUAAAUGAUACUAUUGCACCAUCUGCAGUACCACAACUCCGUGGUAAUAAAAGAGUGUUGCCGCUGAGAGUAGCUGCAAUGUGCAAAGUGUUGGUACCAACUAUAUUUGACAAACAAGGAGCGCAACUGCUUGCUGUUGCUUUUCUUGUCGUAUCAAGAACAUGGGUCUCCGAUCGUAUUGCAUCACUGAAUGGUACCACUGUGAAGUUUGUUCUGGAACAGGACAAGGCUUCCUUUAUUCGGCUAAUUGGUAUAAGUAUUCUCCAAAGCGGUGCAUCUUCCUUCAUUGCACCUUCUAUAAGGCACUUGACAGCCAGGCUGGCUCUUGGCUGGAGGAUUCGUUUGACACAGCAUUUACUCAAGAAUUACUUGAAAAACAAUGCAUUCUACAAGGUCUUCCACAUGGCAAACAAAAAUAUUGAUGCAGAUCAGAGGAUAACUCAUGACUUGGAGAAAUUAACAACAGACUUAUCAGGGCUGGUCACUGGGAUGGUAAAGCCAUCUGUAGAUAUUUUGUGGUUCACUUGGAGAAUGAAGCUUUUGACAGGUCAGAGGGGAGUUGCUAUACUAUAUGCUUAUAUGUUGCUUGGUCUGGGAUUUUUAAGAACUGUAACUCCUGAUUUUGGUGACUUGGCAAGUCAAGAACAACAGCUUGAAGGAACCUUUAGGUUCAUGCAUGAAAGACUGCGUACACAUGCUGAAUCUGUUGCUUUCUUCGGAGGUGGUGCUCGAGAGAAGGCUAUGGUUGAAUCAAGAUUUAAAGAGCUUCUUAGCCACUCCAAGUUGCUUUUAAAGAAGAAAUGGCUGUUUGGUAUACUGGAUGAUUUUAUCACAAAGCAGCUCCCUCAUAAUGUGACUUGGGGCUUGAGUUUGUUGUAUGCCCUUGAACACAAGGGAGACAGAGCAUCAGUAUCCGUGCAAGGUGAGCUGGCUCAUGCUUUGAGGUUCUUAGCAUCUGUUGUUUCUCAAAGCUUUUUGGCUUUUGGUGAUAUUCUUGAACUGCAUAGAAAGUUCAUUGAGCUCUCUGGUGGUAUCAACCGGAUUUUUGAGCUUGAGGAACUUCUCGACGCAACACAAUCUGGAGAUUUUAUGAGUGGUGCUUUCACGCCAACAAGGAUGAGGGAUGUUCAAACUAAAGAUGUAAUGUCCUUUUCUAAGGUUGAUAUAGUCACCCCAGCCCAAAAGAUGCUGGCCAGGGAGUUGACAUGUGACAUAGUGCGGGGGGGCAGUCUGCUUGUUACUGGUCCAAACGGAAGUGGAAAAAGCUCCAUUUUCAGAGUUCUUAGAGGACUUUGGCCUGUUGCAAGUGGAAGACUUUCCAAACCAUCUGAAGAUGUGGAUGAAGAGGCUGGGUCAGGUUGUGGUAUCUUCUAUGUUCCUCAGCGGCCUUAUACAUGCCUGGGAACCCUGAGGGAUCAAAUAAUUUACCCUCUGUCACGUGAGGAAGCAGAGCUUAGAGCAUUGAAGAUAGAUGGAAAAGAUAAAAGUUAUGCUGACUCUAGAAAUGUGUUGGAGACACGCUUGAAAGUUAUCCUAGAGAAUGUGCGGUUGAAUUAUCUUCUGGAAAGGGAGAAAAGUGGCUGGGAUGCCAAUCUAAACUGGGAGGAUAUUCUUUCUCUUGGGGAACAGCAGAGACUGGGCAUGGCACGCUUGUUCUUUCACAAGCCUAAAUUUGGCAUCCUCGAUGAGUGCACCAACGCGACUAGUGUUGAUGUUGAAGAACACUUGUAUGGGCUGGCAAGGGAUAUGGGAAUUACAUUUGUUACAUCCUCGCAACGUCCUGCUUUGAUACCCUACCAUUCUAUGGAACUACGGCUGAUUGACGGUGAGGGUAAUUGGGAGCUUCGUUUGAUCAAGCAAUGAUUCUGAGGGAGUGUUGCUGUAGAUCUUCCCGUUGAGUUACUCGCGAUAUUAAUCCAAGUCAUCCGCGUACUUAUUGGCUGCUGGAAGGUGGAUAGUAGUUCUGCCGAUGAAAGUCCUAUAUUUUCCUUUAUUUAGGCUUUCCAAUAUUGAAGGUUCAUUAUUUUGCCCCGUAGACUUGUAUGGGUGCCAUCGACGCUAAAAAGCGGAAAUAGUCAAUGUCAUGAAGUUGUAUCAUACAAACCUAUUCGUGACCUCUGUAGGAUAAGGAGAUCACUCAUGUACAGGUUUUCCUCUUUUCUUUUGGCAGUUGAUAUUGAUUCAUAUCUUGUAACUAUAGGAUGUAAUGAUUAUUACUAUUUUAUUAAUAAGGCGGGAAGGUAAAGAACAGGAUGAUCCUGCAUCUGUGUAAGCAAUUCUUUAUCUAGUUGAAUUACGUUUUCCUUGUCUAUCAACAGUGAUUACAAUUUAAAUGAUAAAUAUCUAAACAUAAUUUUUGAA